GUUUAACUGCCUGACUAGUAUGUCUUCCAGAAAGACCUAAAAACUCAAAACCCUUGUGUGAGCCCGCCUUCGAAACUCCAUAGCCAGAGUUACUACUCAGAUCUUUCUCUGUUCUUAGAUCCAAGGUAAUACAAGAUGUCACUCCGAGUUUUAAAUCCAAAUGCUGAAGUUCUCGAUAAAUCUGCUGCACUUCACAUGAAUAUCAAUGCCGCUAAGGGUUUACAAGACGUUCUUAAGACGAACCUAGGCCCCAAAGGCACUAUCAAGAUGCUUGUUGGUGGAGCUGGUGAUAUUAAGCUCACUAAAGAUGGGAACACUCUAUUGAAAGAAAUGCAAAUUCAAAAUCCUACUGCAAUAAUGAUAGCCAGGACAGCAGUUGCACAGGAUGACACAACUGGUGAUGGAACAACUACUACUGUGAUCUUCAUUGGCGAGCUUUUGAAACAAUCAGAGCGCUAUAUUGAUGAAGGGAUGCACCCUCGAGUUCUGGUCGAUGGUUUCGAAAUCGCAAAAAAAGAAACGUUGAAGUUUCUAGAAAAAUUCAAGACCCCUGUAGUGAUAGGUGAUGAACCUGACAAAGAGAUGCUGAAGAUGGUGGCAAGGACAACACUGAGAACAAAGUUGUAUGAAGCAUUGUCUGAUCAGUUGACUGACGUAGUUGUUGAUGCAGUACUCUGCAUUCGCAAACCUGAAGAAUCUAUCGAUCUUUUUAUGGUUGAGAUUAUGCAUAUGCGGCACAAGUUUGAUGUUGACACCCGUUUGGUGAAUGGUCUAGUCUUAGAUCAUGGUUCAAGACAUCCGGAUAUGAAACGAAGAGUUGAAAACUGUUAUAUCUUGACUUGUAAUGUAUCGCUAGAGUAUGAAAAAAGUGAAGUAAAUGCAGGAUUUUUUUACUCAAAUGCGGAGCAGAGAGAGGCAAUGGUUGCUGCAGAAAGACGCUCUGUUGAUGAAAGGGUGAACAAGAUUAUUGAACUGAAGAACAAGGUUUGUGCUGGCACUGACAACAAUUUUGUUAUCAUUAAUCAAAAGGGAAUCGACCCUCCAUCAUUGGAUAUUCUUGCUAGGGCUGGGAUUGUUGCUCUUCGGAGAGCCAAGAGGAGAAAUAUGGAGCGAUUGGUUUUGGCUUGUGGUGGGGAGGCUGUUAACUCUGUUGAUGACUUGACUCCUGAUUGUCUGGGAUGGGCUGGACUUGUUUAUGAGCAUGUUCUCGGAGAAGACAAGUAUACAUUUGUAGAAAAUGUUAAGAAUCCUUUCUCUUGUACAAUCCUAAUAAAAGGACCAAAUGAUCAUACUAUUGCACAAAUUAAGGAUGCUAUCCGUGAUGGUUUAAGAGCAGUGAAGAACACCAUUGAAGAUGAAUCAGUUGUGCUAGGGGCAGGAGCAUUUGAGGUAGCAGCUAGACAGUAUCUUGUCAACGAAGUAAAGAAAACUGUUAAAGGGCGUGCCCAAUUGGGAGUGGAAGCCUUUGCUGAUGCUCUUCUAGUCGUUCCCAAGAUCCUAGCAGAAAAUUCUGGCCUUGACACCCAGGAUGUGAUAAUUUCCCUUACGGGGGAACAUGACCGAGGUAACAUUGUUGGCCUAAACCUGCACACUGGAGAACCUAUUGACCCACAAAUGGAGGGUAUCUUUGAUAAUUACUCAGUCAAACGGCAAAUUAUAAAUUCUGCGCCGGUAAUUGCCUCACAAUUGCUGUUGGUGGAUGAAGUGAUUCGCGCGGGUCGCAAUAUGAGGAAGCCCACUUAGCUUGCUAGCUUAGCCUUGUUCAUUAUCUUCCCGAGUCUUUUUGGUGAUUCCGAGAUUUUGUUUGCUUGUUGCUUCUAUCAUACAGCAAUCUUUUGUUCUCUUUAGGACAAACAAUUGUAAUGUUACAGGAGAGUUUGUUUAUCCACAUUUUUUUGCCACUGCAGACCAUGCCAGUUUUUAUGCAAUUUGUUAAAUGAAUGAGUUUUUUUAAACUUGUGUA